UGUGUGUGUGUGUGUGAAGAGAAGUCCCAGCAGAUUGGAUGGAGACAAAACCAGCUACGUAAUUUACAGGGCCUGGUGCAAAAUGAGUGUUCGGCCUCUUGUUCCAAACUAUUGGGAAUUUCAAGACAGCAACAGCAGAGCCUCCGAACAAGCUCGGGCCUUGCUGAGUGCAGAGCACCCGUGACUCCCCAGAUCGAAUGCCCAUGAAGCGGUCCCGGUUAGAGCACCUUCUGUGUCCCCUCAGCCUUCUUUUGCUGCCUUGAACAAUCCUUAAAUCCCCGCCUGCUCACUCCCCAUCCAGCUCCCAGGGUGACCUUGAUCUUGGGAGUGUGAGGCACCCACCAGAGCCCGCGUGCCCAGCAAGGGCUGGUGGUGCCCUUCUUUCCCUCCUGGUGUUGCAGUCUGGGCCUCACGGGGGGGGCCCAGACUCCAUAAAGUGUCUCCAGGCUCUUUGCUCAAAAUGAUCUCCUGAGAACGUGCGGUUGCCCUCCCAGGCCCCCCUUGCACCCCCUGCACCCUGGGGCCCUGCCCACCACCCUGGGGACUUGAGGGCUCAGGCUCCUCCCCGGGCCCCCAGUGUGGCCCCAGCAGUUGUCAGGAAGCAGACACAGGGACGAGAAGGAGGCACGCAGUUUUUGGGGUGCCCCAUUGCCCACCAAGCGCGUCAGUGGGCAAGCCACCUUGCCUCUUACUUCCUUCGGUCACAUGCCAGCCUCUUCACUCCUUCCCACUUCCAGGGGACUAGGUGUUCGGGGUGACGAAUACCGGGGAGCCACAGAGCCACUAGGUCAGUUCCCUGGGCCACAGAACAACACCCAUUCCAGGGACUGGGAGUCUGUCGACAAACGUCCACUUGCAGAAGGGGCUUCCUGGUCUUGGGGGUGCAGGGCCAUUCCUCUGGGUACAGGUUUUGCGUUAUGCAAUCUUCUCAGAGACCCACCUGCCCUUGACACCUUCCCACUGACUCCACUUCCCCCUCCUCUGGGCUCCUGGAAUGGCAUGAUGGCCCCACCUCAGCCAGGCAGCUGUGACGAGAGGUGUUGACCCAGCUGCCUCUGUGCUGGUUCACUGUGUCAGGUGGAAGAGACUGACACAGCCGCAGGGACUAAGGGUCUUUCGGCAUGGUCCGGGACCCUGGGACCAUCCAUAGGCAGGACUGGAGCCCGGGGCCUCUGGAAUUCAGCCAGGCACUGGGUGAUCGGUGGUACAGGCGGCUGGUGAGAAACAGGCUCUGGGCAAGGAAAAACAGCCCAGAGCCACAGGUGUGCCGCUGCUUCUCGCUCCUCUCCUGUGUUCAUCUCUCCUGUUUGGUGAUGGUACUCAGCCAGGCCUGGAGCCCAGCAGAGAGCACCUGCUGGCCCCAGAGUAAGUUUCUACGGGGCCUGGAGACAGACGUGCAAGCGCAUGAGACGGACUUGUGAACGGACCAGCACAGCCAACGCACGGCUCAACGGGGAGCAGGCACACCAGCGAGGGCCAGAGUACAGGGCUCCAUGGAGGGGCGACAUCUGAACGGGGUCACACAUGUGGGCCCCCCAACAGCUCCGGUCACCCUGCACAGGCCCGAGUCAGGCUCCAGCCCUAGGACUCCCAGAUCUGCCUUCUGGGCAUCCAUGUGGUGGCCCGGGGUGGCCCUCCACCCUCCCACACCCUCCCCCUGCAAGAGGUCCCACAGCCAACCUCCUCCAUCCAAAGCCUUCCAGACUCUCACCACUGGCUUUGCCAACAUGGUGGACGUUUCCCCCUCUUGGAACACAAAGGAGUGGAAUUCCCUGGCUGCUCUUUCCACGAAUGACUGGGUGAGGGAAUGGACUACAGCACCUGGGGAAGGGGCUCUUGGAAGGUUCCCGGAAGGUGAGAGAGGAGGAGCCCAUGGUGUGGCCCACCCAGAGCUAGAGCAGGAGCCCGACUCCGGAUUCUGGACCCCACUCCCAUAAGCGCAAGAUACGCACCAGCCCACUGCAAGGCCCUAAUGUGGGUGUGCGGGCCAAGGCUUAGCCCGCAAACACGCUGACUCUGAAUUAGGUGUGAUCAACGAGGGAAAGUUACUCUAACAAUUGCGUUCAUGGAAAAUGUGUGUGUCCCCUCAUUUGAAAAUCGAUUUAUUUCUGGACAUUCUUGAUUCUGGGACUCUCUUCCACCUCCCUCUCCAGAGAAUCUUACGGGAUUCUCUACUUGGUUCAGAACGCACGAGAAACACCUAGCCCUCGCCACACGGAGCAGAAGCGCAAUAAAUGUAAGCUCCUUUCCCUUAACCACUCAAAGGGGUCACUCGAGGUUGAUGCAAAGGGGCUUCUCCAGUCUAGAAGCUGAUGGGCCUCUGGUCCCUGCCACUCCCUUCCUUCUCCAGCUGAUGACAAACACCUGGAUAUCGUAACAUCCCCUGUUGUCCUCAUCUGUUAUUCUGGGACAUAGGCUGGGAAGGGUACCUGAGUAGGGCCCCUCUGACCCAGGCUGGCCUUCCUUGCAAUGUGGCUGGCAGGUACCCGUCCCGAUGACGAAUGCAGGAGGGUGAGGUACUGAUCCUGCUAGAUGGACAGGAUGCUGGCAGGAGGGUAGGAGGAGCAGGGCGGAGCUUCCAGAACAAAGGCAAAUGGGGAGCCCUGGGGGCUCAGGCUAGGCAUCAAAAAGGCUCUGCAGAGUGAGCAGGCUACAGCAGCUCUCCGUCUCUGCACCCAGCAGCCGGUCAGACAGUCCUCACCUGUUCCCUUCUGCCUGCCCAUGGCGAAUACCGAGCAACACUUUGCUUAGAGAGGCCUCGUGUCCAGCGUGAUUGCACCGACGCUGCUCUGUUGCUUUCUCUGCCUGGUGUGGGUUGCUGCUGCAGUUCCAGAGGAAAGCAGAGGGAUGGCCGGGAGUGCAGCCAGGAGCUGGGAGGGCCACCGGGAGCAUGCCUUUGUCCUGGAGCCUUUUGAUGGAGCCAAUGUGGCCCCGCACCUCUGGCUGAACCGCUUUGAGGUCAUCAGUGACCUCAGCCAUUGGGACCACGCCACCAAGCUGAGGUUCCUGAAAGAGUCCCUCAGGGGAGACGCCCUGGAGGCCUACAGUGGACUCAGUCCUGAGGACCAGGGGGAAUACGGGGCUGUGAAAGAGGCCCUCCUGAAGACCACUGGGGGACCCGGGGCGGCCCACAGCUACCAGCCCAAGGAGAUCCUCUUUGCCAACAGCAUGGGUAAGGGCUACUACCUCAAGGGGAAAAUUGGCGACGUGCCCGUGAGUUUCCUGGUGGACUCUGGGGCCCAGGUCUCCGUGGUCCACCCGCGCUUGUGGAAGGAAGUCACCGGUGGCGACCUGGAUACCCUGCGACCCUUUGAGAAUGUGGUGAAAGUGGCCAACGGGGCUGAAAUGAAGAUCCUGGGUGUCUGGGAUACAGUGAUAUCCCUGGGCAAGCUGAAGCUGAAGGCGGCUUUCCUAGUGGCCAACGCAAGUGCCGAAGACGCCAUCAUUGGGACCGACCUGCUCCAGGACCACAACGCCGUCCUGGACUUCGAGCAUCGCACGUGCACACUGCAAGGGAAGAAGUUCCGCCUUCUGCCUGUAGGAGGGUCCCUGGAAGACGAGUUCGACCUGGAGUUCAUAGAGGAGGAGCUCUACUCAGAGGAGGGGCGGCAGCAGCUCCCCUAUUGAGAAGCCCCCUUUGUCUCACCCCCCAGAUACUGGCGGGAGGACCCACCACGGUGGAGGGGAUGGGCACAUAUCCUCAGGGGUCACUCGGCUUGGCCAGCCCUCUUACACCCACCCUUGCCUUCCUGCUCCUCCUUUGCAGGGCCCUUAAUCUGCCCCUGAUGGGGGAGGCUUCCAUGGGAAAAGGAACAGGUGAGGGAGAGCAGGCUGGCUUUCUUGGGGGCGGUGGCGGGUCCUCGUGGCUGUCAAGCUGCUGCUGGUGGCAAAGACUCGGAGGCUAGAAGAAGGUUCCAAGAAGGCUAGAAAUGAUUAUCUUUGGGAGAGGACUGGGGGACGCCUUCAGGUUCCCUGAGAUGUGGCUCAGUCACCUUUGGGCCCAGGUAGCCUGUCUCGGCUGGGCUGGGUCCUGGCUGCAGGGUCCUUACAAGCAAGACCCAGCCCUCAUGGUGUGGGUCACAGCUGCCCUGGGGUUCUUCACUGUUGGGUCUUCCCACCUGCACAAUGUGUGUUUCUUUCUGUGAUUUGCUUCGAAACCCAUUGAGCCUUGUGCCAAUAAUUCAUUACUUCAAAAACCAAUAAAGGUUGACUCAUGG